UUCACACACCUACAAUGGCAACCAAGUUUAUAGUACUCGCCGCCUUGAUCGCUGCGGCCCAAGCCAGCGGUGGUUACAGCAGCUUCUCUUAUGGAGUGUCAGACCCCCACACCGGUGAUGUGAAGAGCCAGCAAGAGACCCGUGUCGGAGACAACGUGGUCGGACAAUACUCCCUCCUGGAGUCCGACGGCACCCGCCGUACUGUGGACUACGCCGCCGACGCACACAACGGAUUCAACGCCGUCGUACGCAAGGACCCCAUCGUCGGACACGCCGCUUACGCCGCCGCUCCCGUCGUCGCCUCCUCCUACGUCGCCCCCGUCGCCCGCGCCGCCGUCGUCGCCCCCGUGGCCUACUCCGCCGGUAUCGCCGCCUCUCCCCUCGCUUACGGAGCUGGUGCCCUCAACUACGGAGGUGCUGCCCUGAACUACGGAGGCGCUGCCCUUAACUACGGAGCCGUCGCAGCCGCUCCCUUGGCCUACAACUCAUACGCCGCUGCUCCCGUCGCCGUCGGUUACGGUGCUGGCUACGGUGCCCAAGCUCUCGGCUACGGUGCUGGCUACGGUGCCCAAGCUCUUGGCUACGGUGCUGGUUACGGUGCUGGCUAUGGUGCCCAGGGUCUCGGCUACGCUGGUCGUCUUGGCUGGUAAUCCGUUGACAUAUCCUCAUUAACAGCUGUGAUUUUAGUAAAAAAAAUAGGCAAUAAAUUUGUACUUUGAGGUAGUCAAGUCUGUCAAAGAUCCAAAGAACCUCAAUGCAAUGAAUAUGCGUACUUUUGUGUAAAUAAAUAUUUAAAAUAAAUGUUAUAAAUACCUA